UUAUGAUGUCAGUUAUGGUUUAUUGUGCUAACGAUGUCACUAGUGGAUGAUGGCUUAAGUGGAAGUCGUUGAAAAAAAUCUCGUCUCACUAUUUAAAUAACGUCGUGACGACUUUAGCUUAACAUUGUUAAAUCGCAUUGCAUUAUUGUUAAGGACAAUUCACUCGAAUAAAGAUUCAAAGAAGAUGAAAUCUACGAAAUGCGAUGAUGCAAAUGAAUACCUCAAACUACUUUUGAAUGAGGCUGCAACAGUACCAGUAGACGAUUCACCGGAUUAUGUAUUGGAAUUGCCUCCAUUCUAUGAUGAGCAAAAAUUCCAAAGGGCUCAAAAGAUGUACGCCACUAAUCGGUUUGCAUGCUUUACUAGUAUGCUCGUUGGAUUACUAGGUCUUCUUGCGGUUCCAUCUAUCUUUAAUGUGUUAGUUGCCACUAAAAAUUCGUCCAAUGCUCUAAGAGCUUAUCGUCGUUACAUGGCCACCAUUUUUCAUACUGUUAACUGGUUCAGAUAUGAUUUAAAGCCAAGCACCGAAUGUUGGAAAUCUCUCGCUAAAGUUCGAAAAAUUCACUUUUAUUCAAGUACCAAAACGGAAAAAAUGGGAAUCGGUAUAAUUUCGCAAAAAGAUAUGGCAUUUACUCAAUUUGCAUUCAUGGGGUUUUUUGUGCUAAAAAGAAGGGAGCUCGGAUUAAUAUAUGAUGAAUAUGACCUUGAUGCAUUUUGUCACUUUUGGCGUGUAUUAGGUUACAUGUUAGGCAUCAAAGAUGAUUUUCUCUUUGUUAGGUAUAACAUUUGCAAAGAAACCUUUAGAGAAACGGAAGAUCGUCUAGAGGCAAUUCGAAGUCAAAUUUAUCGACCUUACAUUCAAAAAUGCACACAAGACUUUAUCACCAUGACAAAGGACCUCAUCGAAGGAUUUUGGUGUUUUAACCCCAUGCUAGAUUACGAUUCUUUUAUGUAUUUUGUAAAGUAUCUCACAGGUAUCGAAGAGUACUCCUACUGGUCUAGUACAGGCUCAAGAAAUAUCAAAAGCUUGAAUUGGUAUAGCAGAUUAAUUUUAUAUUUGUUAGUAACUGUUCACUGCGUUCUUCUUGAUUUUUGGAUCUUCCGGAUGUACUAUAACUUUCAAAUUUUAUAUUCAGAGUUUCUCAUUAAAUAUUUCCCUUUUUUAGCUUUCUAUAAAUUUGGUAUUAAAGAAUCUUACGUUAGAAUUUAAUAUUUUUCAUAGACUAAAUUAGUGUGCCUUAUACACAUGUUACUGUUACUUUACACUGUUAUGUCAAAGGACAAAAAAGGAAUCUGAAACUUUUUUUAUUGAAUUAUAUUUUUAUUUCUGAUGCUCAAAUAUGUAUUUUUUCUGUUAAGAUUUUAAUGUUA